CUCCAAUGAAGAGAUUGCUGCCAUGAUUCAGAAAGGGGAUAGAUCCAAGCUGGAUGCUGAGAUACUGAAACAGCUACUUAAACUGCUGCCUGAAGACCAGGAGAUAAAUAGCCUGAAAUCGUACAAAGAAGAAAAAUCACAGCUGGCAAAUGCAGAUCAGUUUUAUCUCCAUCUUUUGGAAGUUCCCAGCUACCAGUUGCGGAUUGAAUGUAUGCUGAUUUGUGAGGAAACAAAAAUUCUGCUGGAGUGUCUGUGGCCAAAAGCACAAGCCAUCAGGACAGCCUGUGAAU